AGGAUGGCGCCUCAUCCCUCGGGCGCGCCCGCUGUCCAAGUGACCCACGGGCUGGGGCAGCCCUUCCCCGGAGCCUCAGACUGCGAAGUGACCUGCGCCGCGUCCGCCCCGCCCAGCCCCACGCGCACGCCCCUGGACUGCGCCGAGGCGGAAGGGGGCGGCUGCCGAGAGGCCCCGAAGAGGCUCCGGGCGCGGCGCGGGGGGCGCAGCCGGCCCAAGAGCGAGUUGGCGCUGAGCAAGCAACGACGGAGUCGGCGCAAGAAGGCCAACGACCGCGAGCGCAAUCGAAUGCACAACCUCAACUCGGCGCUGGACGCGCUGCGCGGCGUCCUGCCCACCUUCCCCGACGACGCGAAGCUCACCAAGAUCGAGACGCUGCGCUUUGCCCACAACUACAUCUGGGCGCUGACUCAGACGCUGCGCAUAGCGGACCACAGCUUCUACGGGCUGGAGCCGCCCGCGCCGGCCUACGGGGAGCUGGGCAGCCCAGACGGCGGCUCUGCCGGGGACUGGGGCUCCCUCUACUCCCCGGUCUCCCAGGCUGGCAGCCUGAGCCCGGCCGCCUCGCUAGAGGAGCGCCCCGGGCUGCGCGGGGCCCCCUCCCCUGCCUGCCCGCGCUCGGGUGCUCCGGCUUUCGCAGACUUUCUGUGAAGGGACCAGUCGGUCA